GUGGCGUCUUAAAAAUAUUCCUGUGAUUUUAUUAUUAUUAUUACUUAUUAGCAUAGACAUGUGUUGUUGUUGUGGAUGUAAGCUCUGUUGCUGUGUGCUUCUUGUGGCUGCCGUGUUUAUUGCAGCUAGCUUAGGUCUCUUUAGUGCCUUCUUCCCAUAUCCAAGCCAUGCCUCAUGCCGUGUUAACUGGGUAUUUGGCAAGUCCUGCACAACAGUGAAGACCAAGCUUAUUGAACAGAUGAAGGCCUGGGAGCAUGAUGACUGCUCUACAAAACAACAGUGCGGCUAUGAGUACCUGGGUGAAGAUGGAAACGUUAUCGAGGCUUGCACAGAACUCCUUUGUUAA